UACAGCCUUCUUCUAGCAUUUGUUUUCAUACAUGUUCUUUUUGCUGUUCUUUAGCCUUAAACGCAGAUAAAAGCCUAGUGAUUAUUCUCCAUCUAUAUAUAGCUGCAGUACCUAUCUAUAGCACAAGGAAGAGUUUAUGGAAAGAAGAAUCCUUUUAUCUUGGCAUUAAAAUACACUUGACAUUAAAAAGGGGCUUUUAAUAUAGAUGGAUAUCUGCUGAUAAUGCAAUAUAUAAGAAAAAACAAACACGCGCAAACCUAAUGGCAAGGUUUCAAAAUUAGGGCUUGAUCUUCCAGAAUUUGUAAUCCUAGCUAUACAGUGUAGUCUGUACUAGGAUGUGAACUUUAAAACAUAGAGCAGGGUAGGCAGAAAUGUUGCAAGAAUCUGGAUUAAGAGAAGAGGCUGCCUCAAAUAAGUUCACUGAGGCAAGCACAGGUACUUGCAGCAGGGAGGUGACCCAAAUAGCUAACUGCAUUAGUUGGUAGGCAGCUCUUGGCAGAAAACUUGAAGACAGCGCGAAGUGUAAGAAAACUAUAUGAAACUUGGAGAUGGCUGGUAUAAUUUUCCUUCCUCCUCAUUCAGUACAGAAGUCUGAAAGAUAGGACAAACUUGUAACAGGUAUAUUCUUACUAUGGAAUGCUAUCUUGUAUUGCUAAACCAGUGCCAGCUAUAGCAGAAUUGAAACCUGAUGAAGUCCAUGCCUGGCUCUGAAAGUGAGAAAGUUCAUGCAUGUUCAACCAACAAUUGCACCAGAUUCCAAGAGCUGAUUUUACUUCCCAAGUUAUUAGUAAUCAAGUGGGUGGCAACCCUGCAUGUGUCAGCAAGAUUGAAACUAAAUGAUCUUUGAGGUCUCUUCCAACACAAGCCAUGCUAUAGUUCUAUAAUUCUGGUUUGUGACCUAGGGCUCCUCAGCAUGUAGAAUUCUGUGAUGUAUGGGAGGGUUGUGACAUCAGCUGUUCACUAACAGAUUUUCCAGCUUGAGAUGCUGAACUAGGGACACCUCGUUAUGUACUGUUUGGUAUACCUGUCAUACAACUGCAUCUCAUAUGAACUCAUGUGGGAGUCUAAAAUCUAAGGAGCAAAACGAGGCUUGGACCACACUGUAAAGAGAGCUCUCUCCUACCUUUUUGUCCUCCCUUAUUAAAGGAUGUCUGAAUCAAAGGAUUGUGAUGAGAAUUGCUCUGCUCUUGAAGUGCUGGAUUUCAAGAAUGCUUUAAAGCAGUUCCAGAAACUAGUUGAAAAAAUAGUAAUCCAGAAGAAAAAGGAAAGAUUAGGCUGGUAUAUUAAAGAUGAUGAUGAGAUAGAUUAUGAUGAGUUCUAUAGAACCACACAGACACUUUUUGGUCCAGAAGUCAAGGAGCAUAAUGUUAAGGCCUUUUUCAGGAAGAUAAGCAACAAUCCUGAUGCAAGGACAGAAUGGUGUGAGAUUUUUGGCUACUUCAUAGAAGGAAAUGGUGCUACGCCUUCCCAUUUGAGAGAAGAAAACACAGUUUUCCUUACAUCUGAAAAACAGCAGAUUACUUAUCGAGUUGUCAAGGAACGAGAUAUGAUUACAAGCAUAGUGAAAGUGCCCCAUCUGGAUUUCACUAUAACAUCCUCUCAGAAGGGAGUGCUAACUAUUUUUAACAACAAGAUGAAAGUUCUGGCAACCACCAGUGUUAAAGAUACUGCUUGGAUCAAUGGAUGUGAUUUCCUAACUCAGCUGAAAUGUGUUGUGGCUGUAACUGAAAGGACGAUCAUCGUCUGGGACUAUACCUCAAUAGGGAAAGAGGGUAAUUACUUUAUCAUCAAACCAAUUGAAAACAGUCUGCUCUGUGUUUGCAUGGUGACUAUGUCUGAUCAAGUGGGUGAGGAUAACAUCCUAAUGGGAGAUGACAAAGGCUAUGUUAGCUUACUUAAAGUGACCAGCGAUCACUUUGGAUUGAAGCAAUGUAAAGGUAAAAAAGAAUCUCAACUUCAGAUCUUGGAUUCCAAAGAUUUUAACAUUGUUAAACGCAAGCUACACGAUGACUGGGUUUUGAAAGUUAAAUAUAUUCCUGACCUAAAUUGUUUUGGAUCUUGCUCCUCGGACAGCAUUCAUUCAUUUGUUUUAGAUGACGUAAAGCGACUAGAGGACAACUUGUAA